UUCAAUUGAAAGAAAGCAUAAGAUACUUUCCGAAUAAAGUGCUCACCAAAAAAUAUUCGAAAUUCGCCCUAAAAAUUUAGAAAAACCAAGGAGGAGCCCGAUGAUUUUGUUGGUUACUCAUAUGAUUUCCCACCAAACGCUACGGAUAAAGAGGGAAAGAAAAUGGCAUUCUCAUCCAACCCGUUAUCUCUAAGUGUACCCGAGCCCGUAUUUGAAUCCUGGCUCCGAGAUACCGGCUACCUCGAAAUUCUCGAUCAACGGACUACCGAUCUCCACCGCCACUCUUCCACCGCCACCACAGCCGCCGCCUCCGCUUCCUCUUCCGACGCUGCUGCUGUUACUAAUUCUGCCGCCGCCGCAGUUUCAAUCUCCAACGGGGUCUUUGUUCAGAUAUUUUCAUAUAUUGGAACCUUACUGUCGCUUUUUACGCUUAAUCCGUUUGCGAAGCUCACGUCGGAUGAUUUUUCCGGUGAUACGCCGUCGUGGACACGACUGUUCGUCGGGUCGUUGGAUUCAUACACGUUUCCUUCUUCGCCUUCUCAGGCUCGGCUUAGAGUCCACGAGAAUGUGAAACGCUAUGCCCGCAAUUAUACCUCUCUCUUCCUCCUCUUCUUCGCUUGCUCUCUGUACCAAAAGCUGCUUGCGCUUGUAGGGUUGAUAUUGUGUUUGGCGCUUUGGGAUGUAUUAAAGUUAUGUGGAGAUCGUUGGGGAUUAGAGCAGCGCCCUGUAAUCAGACAAAGCUUGAUUCGCAUUGCUCAGUGUGCUACUGCAGUUAUUCUAUUCUGUACCAACGUUCAAAUGGCUCUCAUCUCAGCCAUUGCUGUCAGUUAUGCAGUGAUGAUUCUGCAUGCCUCAUUUAGGAAGCUUACCCCGUCGAGACAAUCAACUUCAAAAGAUGGAAACAGGAGGACUCUUAGAAGUUCAUAAGUGGUUAUUAGUGUCAAAUCAUGAAAUCACAGUUGUAGCUCGGAGAGAGUUCAGAACAAACAUGUGGGUUAACUGUCUUGGUUCAUGAGUGCAUCUCUCCGUUUGAAACUGAGAGAAUACUAGUUACAUCGUAAGAAAAUGUUUCUUUGUAUUCAAAUUUAGGUUGUAUAAGGUUAUACAAGAUGGGAAAAAGAAAGAUAUUAGAUAAGAUUGUAUAUGGCUGUAGAACCAUAAAGAUGAUUAGCAUGAACUGCGUCCAGUAUAAGUUCUGGAUUCUGAUUUUUCAAUUCAUUCGACCCCCCUCUGGGCGUGCACCAUAAUUUGUUA